AUGUUUUGGACGUGUGCGGGAGUGCUCUUAUGGACAAUUAUAGUCUAUUUAGGAAUAGUAGGACUGCAUGUCCAGGCCAUUGGGCAGUGCACUACUAUGAUAUGCCGUGGGGAGAUAGAUGAAAAGAAAGGCUUGCGGCGGUGUGACCAACUAGUUUGGCAUAUCUUAAUGAAUACUUUGGACUUGUUGUUAUUUGUGGGUAUGCUGAGAUACAAUCUGGUGAGUCGAGUGGCGCAUAUCAGCCGGGAGCGCCUUGGCUGCUUGUUUAUUUUAGGCUGGAUGGGCUGUCAGUUGAUUACUGUGCCCUUGGCUUUUCACAGCUAUCUUUUUUGGAUUUCGACUUGUUUUUUGAUUGAGAAUUGCUCGCGAGUGAUCUGUCUGUCCUUAUUGGGAUUUUGUUUUGUGAUUUAUCUAGGCCAGUGUUUUAGGCUAAAACGGCCGAGGCAAAGAUGUUUCAUAAUUAGUCUAAUCUCAUUAGGAACCGCUUUAGUUGUUCGUGAGUUUGUACUAAGUCGAGAUCAAAUAUUCAUUAGAUCACUUUUUAUGCUUGAUCAUCGUUUUAAUGUCCGAUCAACUGAGUUUAUUUAUGCUGGUAUUAUUGCAGCUCAAUCCCAGCCAACUAUUGAAUUAGCCAACCUUCUUACUGACCGCCUAUUCGUCUACUCUCCAUCGACCCUUAAGACAGCUAGUCCCAAAAAGAACCAAUAA